AUGUCCUCAUUGGUGCAUGUUGGUCGAGCAGGUUACACAAAAAGGCUUUCCAGUUGUACAAUCAGAAAUAUGAAAAAAAGGGGCCUGACCCCAAAACAUGUAGUAUUCACCAGUCUUUACAAUGCCUGUGCUAACUCACCCUGGCCACUCACUGACGGUCUACAGAGAGCAACCAAGCUACGCGAACAACUAAUUGAGAAAGGUGUUACUUUGAAUAGUACAACUUCACAUGCCAUGAUAAAAGCAUUUGGUAGGUGUGGGGAUAUCAACACAGCUUUCCAAAUUGUAGAUGAGAUGGUAGAUAAAGGAUUAUUAAUUACAACAGAAAGCCUGAAUUUCUUGUUACAAGCAUGUAUUACACAUCAAGAGGCUGGCUUUAGACAUGCUCUUUUAGUAUGGAGAAAGAUGCGCGAGUUGAAACUGUCUCCAGAUAUAUACUCCUACAACUUAUUGGUUCGGUGUAUCAAGGAAUGCCAAGCAGGAGAUCCACAGCUGACUUCUCAACUCAUCCAGGAAACUCCCUCUCCAUCUAUGGCUGUGAGAAGAAAUCAAAAGCCCAAAAUCAGUGGAGAACACACUGAAAAGGUUCUGCACAUAGAAAGUAAAAAGGAGCCAUCAGAAAGUGAAAGCAAGGCAUACAUAGAAGCUGAUAGAUAUGUUAAAAGUGGAGAAAAUAACAUCAACCUCAUAGAGCCUGAGUAUACUGUCAUUGAAGUAAAAAGAAAAAUGGAAAAUGCUCAAGGUGAUCAGCAAGUCUUACCAGAUCUCUUGGGGAGAAAAAUGACUGUUGGUAAUGUUAUUGGUUUAAGAUCUCUACAACAACCAGAGGAUAGGCUGGCUCUGGUUGGAGGACCAGUUGGCAUCUUUAAACACAUGGCAAAAGAUAAUGUGAAACCUGACAUCAGAACAGUGACACAAAUGUUGGAAUCUUUACCUGCAGAUACUCAGGCAGAAGAGGCUUUAUUGAAUUCAAUGAAGAAUAUUGGAAUUGUACCUGAUAGCCAGUUUUGCAACAUGCUUAUCCGCAGGAGAAGUUUUCGCAGAGAUACCAGUGCAGCUAAAGAAGUAUUAGACUUCAUGCAGGAACAUCACCUUGUGCCAGAUCUCAUAACCUUUGGCUGCCUGGCCUUAAGUUGUCACCGCUUGCAUGAUGCAAAAAAUUUUCUGAAGGACAUGGACUCUUUGGGCUUCAGGCCAAAUCUGGAGAUAAUGACAUCUCUGCUGAAAAAUAGUUUAGUAAAGACAGACUACAAAUUUUACUUGGAGAUGCUUUUUGAGAUGAGAGACAGAAACAUUGCCCCAGAUGAAGUCUUUCAGCAUCCUGAGAAGGCUCGAAAGAGAGCGCGUGAUAUAAUCUUAAAAUCAGAGGAAAAUGGUGAUAACUUCGAACAGAAGAAUAAGUUGAAGGGAAUGAGGCUUUUCUUGCUAGUUAAAACUGGCGGGAAAGCAUCAAGUAUGCAACUCCCAGACCACCCUUGGGCACAGUACAGAGCAGCAUCAACAAAUCAGAGAUGAUCUUAUUGUUUCGUAGUAGUGUCUUAAUA